UUUUCAGAAUCUCGCCGCAGUGCAGCUGUGGAUUGUGAUUUGUCAACCCAUCUGUAAAGACAACCAAUGGGAGGCUUUGGAGUCUGGAUGUACUUGCUCCUUUUUUGUUCUGUCUACGGGGUCUCGGCGCUGCAGAUCACGAGCAUCUUCGUGCCGCGGACGGCGCGCAGCGGGGACACCGUGCGCCUCACGUGCAACUUCGAGCUGAACGGCGACGAACUCUACUCGCUCGCCUGGUGGAAGGACGACAAAAUGUUCUACACGUUCAUCUCCAAGAACGAGCCGCCCAAGGCCGUCUACAACGCCCCCGGCAUCACCGUGGACCACGAAGCGUCGGGUCUGUACGAGGUGAUCCUCUCGCACGUCGACCACCGCGCCUCCGGGAAGCUGCGCUGCGAGGUGGUGGCCGACUACCCGAGCUUCGAGCAGGACACCAUGGACGCCAACAUGACGGUCAUAGAGGAGCCCCUCAAGGGACCCAGCAUCACGGGCAACGAGAACCGCAGUGCCUACCGCGUCGGCGACCUCCUGCUGCUCAACUGCUCGUCCACCUUCUCGUACCCGCCCACCACGCUCAGCUGGGACAUCGACGGCCACAAGGUGUCGCAGGAGACGGUGGUGGUGUACCCCGGCGAGGUGGACGCUGAAGGGCGCGAGACGUCCAAGUCGGGGCUGCAAAUGCGCUUGCGGCGGGAGCACUUCCGGCAGGGCGUGCUGGUGCUGCGCUGCAUCUCCACCAUCCUGCACAUGUACCGGCGCUCCGCCCAGACGACCAUCAUCGACGCGGACCACAUCCAGAGCUCCCCGCGGGAGAGCGCCUCCACCGCCGGUGCCGGCUCCCCCUCGCUCCUCCGGGUUCUGCUGCUACUGCUGUUGCUUCUGAGUCUGCUGGGCACCUGAGGGCCCUUCGCCACGCGACGGAAAUGCAGAAAUGAGUGUCAGUGUUGUAUCCGUGUGAAUGUUGGUGUCGUGGCGGCGUCCGAGUGCGGUGCCUCGCGAGCGGCCCGGGCUUCGGUCUCGCGUCGCAAGAGGCAGCUUCGUUCCACUCAACUCGGUGUUAUGUUAUUGCAUACUUGGAUGUCAUCAUUUAAAGAUUCAUUGGUGUAACUGCUCCUGAAAUAAUGUUUUGAGAAUAAACUUUAAGUAAAAUAAAGACGUGACUCUG